UAAGUACUCUGUCCAUCCUAAGAUGACUGAUUCUACUUCCUCAUUGUUCAGUGUUUGAGUUGGGGCUGCCAUCGAACUUUCACCUUCGAAUCAGGAGUAGUUCUUUCCUUCAUUGAUCUCAAUCUCCUCUUCCUUUCCAAGGGUCUUUUACUUUGUGUUGUAUCCCUCACGGAACUCAAUUGAAAAUGAAGCCAAGCAGCCUUCUCCGUCUUAUACCCGUCACAUACCUGGCGACUAGUGUCGCGGCUCUCUCAGCAGCAGGUUGGAGAUCACAAUCUAUCUACCAAGUCAUCACAGAUCGUUUUGCACGUACUGAUGGCUCCACUACUGCUUCAUGUAAUGUGAAUGAAUAUUGUGGUGGUUCAUGGCAGGGUAUUAUCAAACAUUUGGAUUAUAUUCAGGAUAUGGGGUUCACGGCUGUGAGUUUUGAGAUAUGGAUUUAAUGAUGAGUUUUGUGCUGAUGAUGGAUAGAUUUGGAUUUCUCCGAUUGUGCAAAAUAUUGUUGGGGAUAGUGUGGUAUGCAAGUCUAUUCUUUUUUCUCCUGACAGAAUAGGGUUAUAUAUUACCCCAAAUAUGCUAUCUGCCGAGUGUCUGUACUGAUGCAAAAUUCAUAGGAUGGUUCUAGUUAUCAUGGAUACUGGGCACAGAAUAUUUACCAGGUUAAUUCCAAUUUCGGAACAGCAGCCGAUCUUAAAGCAUUAUCAGCUGCAGUAAGUGAUCUAAGUCUACCACUAUAAGACCUACUCAAUACUAACCUUACUCCGCACAGCUCCACGCUAGAGGCAUGUACCUAAUGGUCGACGUCGUAACCAACCAUAUGGGAUAUCUCGGCUGCGGAACAUGCGUAGACUAUAGUAUCUACACACCCUUUAAUUCCGUGCGUGGCUUCCCCACCAACAAACAUCACAUUCAUGACUAACACGAAUAGAAAUCCUACUACCAUCCUUUCUGUCUGAUAGAUUAUAACAACGCAACAAGUGUGGUAGACUGUUGGGAAGGAGACAAUAUCGUCUCACUACCCGAUCUUAGAACAGAAGAUUCAGAUGUAUACACGGAGUGGAAUUCGUGGAUUACGCAACUCGUGGCUAAUUAUUCGAUUGAUGGUUUGAGAGUUGAUAGUGCUCAACAAACUGGGAAGACUUUCUUUCCCAGCUUUCAAAAUUCUGGUAUGUGAUUUUUUACAUCGUUUACCCUGAAUGAGGGGAUGGAAUGGAGAUGCAAGUAAUGGGCUAACAAUAUAUGGCAUAGCUGGUGUAUACGUCAUUGGAGAGAUUUUCAACGGUGAUCCAGCUUACGUAUGUCCGUACCAGAAUUACAUGAACGGAGUUCUCAACUAUCCUGCGUAAGUCUUCUUUCCCAUCAGUAACCCCCCCACCCCACCGGCCCCAAAACUCUUCCCAAUUAAAACUAAACUAAAUAGAUACUACUGGAUAACGCAAGCCUUCCAAUCCACAAGCGGAAGUAUAUCGAACCUGGUAAACGGAAUCAACACGAUGAAAUCCAGCUGCUCAGACACCACACUCCUUGGUUCCUUCCUAGAAAAUCACGACGUGGCUCGCUUCCCCUCUUAUACAUCAGAUGUCUCACUCACAAAAAAUGCCAUCGCAUUUACUAUUCUCGCAGAUGGUAUUCCCAUAGGUAAAUCCCCUUUCCCUCCUUCCCCCGUUUUCCCUUCUUCCACAUCCCCAUCCCCACUAACCCCCCUUUAGUCUACCAAGGCCAAGAACAACACCUAAGCGGCUCCUCCGUCCCCAACAACCGCGAAGCCCUCUGGUCCAACUCAAACUCCUAUUCGCAAUCUUCGACAUAUUACAGCUUUAUUGCUUCGGUGAAUCAAAUCCGCAAUCAAGCUAUCUAUGUAGAUCCUACGUAUCUUACUUAUAAAGCGUAUCCGGUUUAUAAUGAUAGUACGACGAUUGUUAUGAGGAAGGGAUUUACGGGGAAGCAAAUUAUUGCGGUUUUUAGUAAUAAGGGUGCUAAUGGGAGUAGUGAGUCUUUUUGUUUUUGUUUUUGUUUUUGACUUAUAUUUUGAGGAAAUAUAUAACUUUUGGGAAAUAAUCGCUAACAAACUCACGCACACAGGUUAUACAUUAACACUAUCGAGUUCCCAAACGGGAUUCACAUCCAAUCUGCAGGUCGUGGAAAUCCUUACUUGUACGACGUCUACGACGGAUGGUAGUGGGAAUUUGGCGGUUAGUAUGGCAGGGGGUGUGCCGAGGAUCUUUUAUCCAAAGUCAUAUUUGGUUGGGAGUGGAGUUUGUUCUUUGUGAGUACGGAUGGAUGGAGAGAGAAGUAUGUAAGCGAGGUGAAGUCUUUCUUGGGGUUUGGCGGGGGGAAGUAUUUAUUGAUACUCGAAGCUUAAUUAAAGCUUAAAGCUUAAGUUUGCAGAAGCAAAAAAAGGAAGAAUCUAUUCUUAUAUAGAUUCCAUUGGAUUUCCUCGCUGGUAUAUAAUACGCGCACACACACACACACUUACACACACACACACUUACACACACACACACUUACACACACACACACUUACACACAUACACACAUACACACAUACACAUAUAUAUACAUUCCGAUAUUAAAAAUCUAUAAAUCUCAACUCAAACAUCCAUCUCACUG